AUGCCCACCGCCAGAAGUAGGGUUCACCUCUCCGAGCUGAGGAUCAAUAACCUCAGGUGCAAUAGAGCCAUUACCGGGGCUGUCAUACUUGAGGUUCCCGAGCCGGAGGGAGACAAACUUGCAAACACCCUGGUCGUAAGGCUCAGAAUUGUGCUUGUGGGUGUGGAGGGAGGUCGGGUCGACCGUCCCUCUAAGAAGGCGGAGAUCCGCCUCCACAAUUUGGAGGACUCUAUCACGGCCGCAGAAAUAGCUGCGGCCGUGGCCGGCACAUCGGGAGGCGAUUCCUCCGAUGUUAGGGUCGGGGGGAUUAGGAGAGCCCCUAACGGGCUUGGCACCCGCCUGGAUACAGUGCCCUGUCUCCGUGGCCAGAAAGGUUGCAGAGGCGGGCUGUAUCCAGGUUGGGGUUUGGCCCGGGUCAAGGUGCUGGCGACAAGGCCCCUGCAAUACUUCCGAUGCCUGGAAGGGGGGCAUGUCCGUCAGCAAUGCCGCAGCGACGUCGAUCUGUCUGGCGUGAGCUACCGCUGCGGCGGUCCGGGCCAUCGGACCGCGGAGUGCACCGGACGCCUGGUGUGUCCGGUGUGCUCCACGGCUGAGAAGGAGGUGGCCCACAGACUGGGAGGGGAGGCGUGCAUAGACUCCCAGAAAAAAAAGAGGAAGGGAGGAACCAAGGGACGGGGAAAGCCCGAACCUCGCCUCCCUCUCUUCCCCCCAGAAAGUCGCUCGGCAGUGGUCUCCGGUCCCCCGGAAACCGGUUGCCGGAUCACCAGGGUUGGGUCAAAUGUACCCUCCCCCGAAAGAGAGGAGGGAACUCAGGAGGCUCAGGAGUGGCAAGGCCUACCCAUCUGCACCCGAGGACCCAGAGGCCCUCACUAA